AUGUCCCUCGCCAACGCCCCUCCCAACCCUUACCCAUCCAUCGUCUGCUUCGGUGAUAGCCAGACGCAGUAUGCCUACUCGAAGCAGGGCUUCGUAGGGCAGCUGGCCAAUGCGUAUCAGCGGAGGGCGGAUGUUGUCAACAGGGGGUUCAGCGGCUACACGACCAGAGAUGCCGUCCACCUCCUCAAGUACGUCUUCUCCCCCACAGCAGGAGUAGGCCAGCCAAUCCUCGCCGCGACCGUUUGGCUAGGCUGUAACGACUCGAUCAAUCCAGGAGAGAAGCAGUAUGUCUCGGAGAAGGACUACUCUCUCAACCUCAUCCAAAUCAUCAAGACGAUUCAAGCCUCUUCGCCCUAUCAACCCCCCUUCAUCAUCGUCCUCGGCCCCACACCCGUAAUUGAACUGCCCGGCGCAGCGCACAAGAACGAUCGCAAGCUCCUGUACACCGAUCUAGCACAACAGGUAGUCGAGCAGGCCAACGAGCACACCGAUGCCUCACCCGCCGAAGGAGGCAAGGCUGUACCUCGCGUAGACUUCCUGGACACCUAUGCUCUCUUCCAUAGCGCGGCUAAGCAGCAUCAGGGCGGCAUGGAGGCAUUAUUGGACGAGGAUGGGCUGCACAUCAAGCCGGACGGGUAUGAGGUUCUCUUCCAGGCUAUCAUUGAGCGAUUCAAGAACCAGCCGGGUCUCAAGCCGGAGGAGAUGCCUAUGGUGUUCAAGGAUUGGAAGGAGUUGAGUGCCGAUGAGAACAAAGUUGGUGAGGAGUUGAAGCCUAGGGGGCCUGGCGUGAGGCAAUGA